GCCACCUAUACACUAAAGGAUUCAUUUGUAUUUGCUAACAGUAUGAAUCACAUAAAUAUUACUGGCAAGUUUAUGGUUUCUUUUGAUGUGACAUCAUUGUUUAAAAAAAUACCACUUCUUGAAACCAUAGACAUAAUUUGUCAACAUUCUGACAUCCUACCUCUACCAGUACCAAAAUUAAAACGACUAUCACACAUUUGUACAAAAGAUGUUCAGUUCCAGUUCAACGAUAUCAUACAAACAAACCAACGGUGUAGCGAUAGGAAGUCCGUUAGGUCCUGUCCUAGCAGAUAUUUUCAUGGCUAACCUCGAAAGAACCAAACUCAAACGAGCGAUUAAUGAAAUGACGUAUUAUUCGAGGUAUGUUGAUGAUACCUUCAUCGUAUGUAAUAACAAACAACAUGCAAUAAAUCUGCUAAUUUUUCAACGAAGCACAUCCGAAUAUCCAUUUCACUAUGGAACAUGAAAAAGAAAACAAGUUCCAUUUUCUCGAUAUCGCGAUGAAAAGGAUGGUACAGUUCGACGUUCAGUUUAUAAGAAAGACACAUGGAAUGGUAGUUAUCUUAAUUUCAAUAGCUUUUGUCCAAUCAAUUAUAAAAAGGCACUUGUCAAAACAUUGUUUCACAGAACAGAAAGAAUAUGUACUGCCGAUACAAUAGAAGAGGAAGUUAUGAAUGUUAAAAAGUGUUUAAGGAAUAACGGAUACCCAUUGAAAUUUAUUGAGAAAUACGGGAAACGUGAAGAUAAAAUACCCAAAGAAACUACAGUAAAUAAAAAACCUGUUUUUAUUCAGCUCAAAUUCAAAGGGGAUAAUGUCACAGGGUCAAUAAAUAUGAGACUAAAAACUGCAUCGACAAAAACAUAUCCUGCCCAAAACAACAUGUUCUUUGACACAAUCAAAGGUCGACAGGUAUCCCUUUUAUGUUACUACCAAUUGUGUAUACAAUUUACAUGUAUCUGCCAAAGCAGUUACAUUGGUAGAACAGAAAGGAGAGCCUACGUCCGAUUCAAAGAACAUAUUCCGAAGAGUUUGAGAUCAAACGGACUAAAAGCAUUUAGCAGCGCUCUCGCAAGACAUCUCCUUGACACAGGACCCGAAGUCGAUAUACUGAAGUCCUUCAAGGUGAUCAACAAACAAUCAAAUUCAAACCUUUUGAAAUUUGCCGAAGCGAUAGCGAUCAAACGCUUAAAACCAGAUCUUUGUAUACAAAAAGAAACAGUAAUAAAUCUUUCUUUGCCCUGGUAACAUUAACUCGCCCCUUUUAUUUAUUACGUCAUUCCAACUCCUGAAUUUUAUAAUUACAUCAUUCAUAACUGAUUAAUUUCAAUUCAUAUCUCUCUUAAUUACCAUUAAUCUAUUUUCAGUUAUUUCAUUGCAUAAUAAUCUGUUUUAAUUCCAUGAUUUCUAAUCAUUAUUUCAAUGUUAUGGAACCUUCUUUCCCAAACUCUAUAUAUUCGAAACAAAAAUUUUAUGACCUCAUUAACGAAAUCUUUGCUAAAUGUUACAUAUAUUCAUCCUUCAUCACCCUCUGUUGUAUAAGUAUGUCAAUAUCUAUAAUAACGUUGAAUUUCAAAUAUUUUAGGUUGUAAGCAGGUGAUGAGAACCUAACGAGAUAAAAUGAAUUCAUAUUAUUCUGCAUCAAGCUUUGUUCUUGCUCUCUUUAAAAUAAUAAAGGGAAAUAUGUGUAUGAAAUUUCAUGAAUGACAUGGUCUUUUGUUUCUACCAAUUCGCUUAAUUUCGUUUAUGCAUUUAGCUUUAUUCGAAUUUUAUUGUUUAAUUUUAUCAUCACCUAUUUUCAUAGUCUAUACGACGAGAUAUUUCACAUCUAACUGUGAGAAUCCUGUUGUUACUGUUCUUUUAAAAAUUACCAAGAAAACGAUAUUUCGUUAAUUCUAAACACUUUAUUUUCAUGAAACUAUCUCUUAUAUAGAAGAAUAUAUUUGUUAAGUUGUCAUCUGAAAGAGAUUGCUUACAUCAACAAUGUUAUUAAUUUUCGACUCUACGAAGGCUAAAGUCCUAUUUAGGACUUGUCAUCUGGAUGUACUUGCAUCCCAGAGUUGAUUUUACUCCGGGACUACGAACCCAGAACCGUUUCCUUCAAACGCCAUCGUGUUAUCCACUCGGCUACUGAGUCGUGACAGACAAACUCAGCUGACGAGUCCUAAGUAUGACGAAACGUGAGUCCUGGAUUCCAACAUAUGCCACUAUCUAUCUUUGUUUAUAAAGCUUGUGACUUAAAACGAUCCGCAUAAGAUGCACAUAUGCCGAUAAGAUACUGUGCAAUCGCAGUUUUAAACAGGUUCGCAACUUCAAAUAAUGCAAUGAGAAAACUAAGUUCAGUAGAACUAUGUAAUAUAUAAGCGCAGGAUAUUAUUCGAAAUACAUUACAAUCGUAUAGCACAUAGUUCUGGUAAACUUCGUUUCUCACCGGGUUCUGCAAUCAUAAAUCCAAAUUAAUAAUCCAUAAAAUUGGCCAGAUUUAAGGCAGAGUACAUCAUUUAAAGUUGUAAUAUGCGAACCCAGAAUUGUUUGUUACAUAAAAUCAAAUCAAAUCGUUGAUGUCGGAGCUGACUAAUAUGAAGUGUUAACUUGAAUUAGUUUAUAAGUGAAAUCAAAUUGUGAGACAAUUUAUCAGAAUAAAUAUGGUCAACAUGGGGUGAGAGAGAGAGAGAAUAAUGGAAUAAAAAUCAGAAAUUACGUAAUAUGUAGAAUAAUAUGAAUUAGGUCAAAUAUAGUAGAUAGGGUUGGAUGCUGAAUAAAUUUCUCAAAAAGGUUAGCAAGUGUAAUAAUAAGUUUGGGACAUAAAAAUGAACAUUAGUCAAAUCAUGUCACUGUAUUAUAAAAUUGAUUAACUAGUUGGCCAGGGUAAAAAAGCGGCUCUAGCUUUUCGGUCCGAAUAGCAAUUGCUUCAGCCGUCUGCAAGAUUCUCAGUCAGACGGAAUUAGGUAGGUUGCUGUUAACACUAUAUACUAUUGAGAAAGAUUGCUCCAUGUUAGCUGUUUAUCCCAUCUGAAUUAAACGGGUUAAAAUGGAGCUGUUAACAGUUUUGACUACAUCUUUUCAUUUCACUUAUAAACUGAACCAAUUUAACACUUCACAUCAGUAUGCUCCAACAUUAACGAUUUUAUAUUAUUUUAUGUCACAAACAAUCCCUAAUUCACAUAUUACAAUUUUAAAUGAUGCACUGUGCCUUAAGUCUGGUCAAUUUUAUGGAUUAUUAAUUGCGUUAACUUAUUUUGUAGAUUAGAUUCAACUUUGAACCCGUGAACAUCAUCAGGUGAAUUAAAAGUACUCACGAUACAACAGAAUUUGACAAUCUUGGUAUCUGGCUGCUUCAAGAUAUCCUGAACACAAACAAGGAAGAUGAUAAUUAUUGAGAGAAGCAAUAUGUUCGAGCAGACGUAGAGAGUUCAACGUGAAACUAUUACAUUGACCACUAAGGAAAGAAGAAUGCCAAAUGAAUUUUACCCAGGUAUGACCAUGAUCCUUGACCGAGUGUUGUCACCUAACAAUAUCUGUUAAAACUAAUGUUAGAAUAAGCGUCGAAAGUCUCCAUAGUUACGCCACACAACAAUACGAAUAAAACGCGAGUAUUAACUAAUCGACUAGUUUUCCUUUCGGAGUAUCAAUGAGCCAUAUAUGAAACUUAAUAUGUUUAGUGAACGAGCAACUCUGAAAUACCAAUUCCUGCAGAAUGACUCCAACUUAACGAAAUUGGACUUAUUAUAAAUAAUUCAACCACAGAAACUUGUUUCGCAAUGUUUGUUUCAAACUAAGAUUUUGUUAAUGAUUUUAGGGGUUUGGUUAAUUAAUCGGUUGAAUAAUAUUCUUAGAGUGAAUAAGGUGAUUGAAGUGACAAUUCGUUUCAGAGGUCGAUAUUUAUGUGUAUAAAUAAAUAUAUUAAAAGUGACUAUAACUGUUUGAUUGACUAAGUAAAUAUAGAUGGAAGAUUAAAACAACCACUUAUCCAAAUAAUAUUUAAAAAAACAAUAGCUAGUCAAACUGAUAUGGAAAUGAAACGAGUAUCUUAAAAUCACCAACUAUUUUUAAUUUCUGUCCUUCAGAAUACAUACUUAGUAGACAUUACAU